CCGCUGGAGGCCCGCGCGCAGGCUCCUUGUCACCCGGCCUCCUAGCUCCCCUUCUCCGCUCGCUCUGCUGGGCUCCGCGAAGUGGCCGCUCUGCGCAGGCUCAGAUGGGCCUCGGCAGGCAUGGGAGCCGGGCUUUGCUCGACUCCGGGGGCGCUGGGCACUGCGCCCAGGGCCCCUGACGGAGCCUGAGUGACCCUCCGUGCGCCCGCCGGCGAGUGACUGGGCAAGCUGGGGACAGUUGGCCCGGCCAGUCUCUGUCCCAGUGAGGCUCUCGCCCAAACUCCCGCUGUCUCCGGUCAGCGGACGAGCUCAGGGCACCGGCUUGCAGGUGUGGCCGCGACCGUGCCUCCUGCUGGUGUGAGUCCACUGCGGGUGUAGACCCGCGUGGGAACUGAGUUCCCGGGCCUGGUCCCAAGGAGGGGACCCGGCUUGGAUGGAGCCUGAGUUUGCAGCCAGCGCAGGAGAUCACAUUCCGGGCAGCGGCACUGCGCGUCCCGGAUCCUUCCAGGCUUGACAGCCAGUUCGGGGGCCCUGCGGGUCUGCUGGGCCUCUCCGCACGCAGUGGAGAUGCCUCCUGGCUCUCCGACGGUCCCAGCGGCUCCCUGGUCCCAGAGCGCUCCGAAGGACCACAGGGCUGCGCCUCAGCCUCAGCUAUGGACUCCCCUGCAUCAGGCCCUGAUCACGUUCGAGGAUGUGGCCGUGGGAUUCACCUGGCGGGAGUGGGGGCAGCUGCUCCUGCUCAGAAGCACCUGUACAGGGGAGCGACCUGGAGAACCUCAGGCACCUGGCCUCCCUGGGACUUCCGGUGUCCAAACCACAUGUGAUUAGGCAGCUGGAGGAAGAGGAGGCACCCUGUAUGUCAGAGAGAGAGCUUUCAAUGGGCACCCACUCAGACUGGAAAAGAAGGCUUCGAGCCCAGGACUCAAGGUCGAGUCAGGGAAUUUCCAGAGACUUAUUCCAGAUAGCAGCAGUGGAAAAACACCUUCCGGAUGAGCGCUGGUCCUCCAAACUGAAAGCCACCUGUGCUUGCGAUGACCACAGGCUAGAGAUGCAGCAGGUGAAGCAGAGACAUCUGAGGGAGAUGCCAGUCACUGGCAGAUCCACUCCCACCCUUAGGACGGAUCACUCGUGGAGUGGACAGGGGAGAAGUGUAGGCUUGAGACCAGUCCUGAAGCCCACCCUUAGCCAACACGAUGUUGCCACCGGAGAGGGAGCCUAUCAGUGUGUCACGGUGAGACAGACUUCAGAGAGAAACGACUCGCAGGGAGGCCACCCAGAGAGGGGACCUUGCAGAGGUAAGGAGUGUGGGAAGCCCCUCCACUUCCAGUCCGAACUAAGACGCCAUCAAAGAUGCCACACCGGGGAGAAGUCGUACGAGCGCAGCGAGUGUGGCUGCGCCUUCGGGCACAUCUCAUCCCUGAUCACACUGGAGAGAAGCCCUACAAGUGCAGGGAGUGGGAAAGCCUUCAGCCAGAGCUCCUCGCUCAUCGUCCAUUACAGGUUCCACACGGGGAGGCCCUACAGAUGCAGUAAGUGUGGCCGCACCUUCGGGCACAUCUCAUCCCUGAUCAGACUGAGAACUCACACUGGGGAGAAGUCCUACGAGUGCAGCGAGUGUGGCCGCACCUUCGGCCUGAGGUCCUCCCUCAUCCUGCAUUACAGGCUCCACUCAGGGGAGCCCUACAGAUGCAGUAAGUGCGGGUGGGCCUUCAGCCAGAGCGCAUCUCUCACCCAGCAUCACGGGCUCCACACCGGGGAGAAGCCCUACGAGUGCAACACAUGCGGGAGGGUUGCCCACCCCGCGUCCCUCGCCAAACACCAGAAGAGUCAUGUUGUGAAAAGAUAGAAAAAGCCUGCACCUGUGUAAAUACGAGACUCUUCCCAAACUGCCCUCAACCCCUCAUAAAAACUGCAAAGAAUUUUCGUCUCUUAUCUGUAAAGGCCAGGUGGCUGACCCAAAGCAAACUUUGCUGGCACAAAAGCAAACUUAAAGAUAAUGACAACCCUUCUCUCGGAGGUCAGGGUG